AUGGCUGCUCGUCCACAACAACCUCCUAUGGAAAUGCCGGAUCUGUCCAACGCCAUUGUGGCACAAGACGAGAUGGGUAGACCCUUUAUUAUUGUGAAGGAUCAAGGUAAUAAGAAGAGACAACACGGAUUAGAAGCCAAGAAAUCACAUAUAUUGGCCGCCAGAUCAGUGGCUUCCAUAAUCAAAACUUCGUUGGGUCCUCGUGGGUUAGAUAAGAUCCUGAUUUCACCCGACGGUGAAAUCACCAUCACUAACGAUGGUGCUACAAUUUUGUCCCAAAUGGAACUAGACAAUGAGAUUGCUAAAUUGUUGGUACAACUGUCCAAAUCUCAAGAUGAUGAAAUUGGUGAUGGUACCACAGGUGUCGUUGUCCUGGCAAGUGCAUUGCUUGACCAAGCCUUAGAGUUAAUUCAAAAGGGUAUACAUCCGAUCAAGAUCGCUAACGGGUUUGACGAAGCCGCCAAACUAGCCAUUGUCAGAUUAGAAGAAACAUGUGAUGACAUUUCUGCGUCAAACGAUGAGUUGUUCAGAGACUUUUUAUUGAGGGCCGCCAAGACUUCUUUGGGCUCCAAAAUUGUUUCCAAGGAUCAUGAUAGAUUUGCUGAAAUGGCUGUGGAAGCCGUCAUAAAUGUUAUGGAUAAAGAUCGUAAAGACGUCGAUUUCGAUUUAAUCAAAAUGCAAGGACGUGUUGGUGGAUCUAUAAGUGAUUCCAAAUUGAUUAACGGUGUCAUUUUAGAUAAAGAUUUUUCUCACCCACAAAUGCCUAAAUGCGUUUUACCCAAAGAAGGUUCUGACGGUGUCAAAUUGGCUAUAUUAACGUGCCCAUUUGAACCUCCUAAGCCAAAGACCAAGCAUAAAUUGGACAUUUCUUCAGUAGAAGAAUACCAAAAAUUACAGACUUAUGAACAAGAUAAGUUCAAAGAAAUGAUAGACGAUGUGAAGAAAGCUGGUGCAGAUGUUGUUAUAUGCCAAUGGGGGUUUGACGAUGAAGCUAAUCACUUACUUUUACAAAAUGAUUUACCUGCCGUAAGAUGGGUAGGCGGUCAAGAAUUAGAACACAUUGCUAUUUCCACAAAUGGUAGAAUUGUUCCGAGAUUCCAAGAUUUGUCUAAAGACAAAUUGGGUACAUGUUCCAGAAUCUAUGAACAGGAGUUUGGUACUACUAAGGAUCGUAUGCUGAUUAUCGAACAAAGUAAAGAAACGAAAACUGUAACAUGUUUUGUCCGCGGUUCCAAUAAAAUGAUCGUGGAUGAAGCUGAACGUGCGUUACACGACUCCCUAUGUGUAGUACGUAACUUGGUUAAAGAUUCGCGUGUGGUUUACGGUGGAGGAGCAGCCGAAGUGACUAUGUCCCUGGCUGUCUCUGAGGAAGCUGAUAAGCAACGUGGUAUCGAUCAGUAUGCAUUCCGUGGAUUUGCCCAAGCUUUAGACACUAUCCCAAUGACUUUGGCUGAAAACUCCGGUCUUGAUCCAAUUGGAACUUUGUCUACAUUGAAAAGUAAACAAUUGAAGGAAAAGAUUUCCAACAUCGGUGUUGAUUGUUUAGGUUACGGGUCUAAUGAUAUGAAGGAACUAUUUGUCGUUGACCCAUUUAUCGGCAAGAAGCAGCAAAUUCUUUUGGCUACUCAAUUAUGUAGAAUGAUUUUAAAGAUUGAUAACGUCAUCAUUAGUGGUAAGGAUGAGUAUUGA